AUGGCAGGCAAUGCCGGCGGAUCGAUGCCCUCUGAGCCUAAAGCUGCAUCUUGGAAACGUUUGCCACUGCCGAUGGCGAUGACGGCCCUGUCGAUGACCUUGAUCCGGAUUGCGCUGGUGUUGCGCUGGUGUUGCGCUGGGCUGAAGUGGUGGUGCGGCAGCGUUGUACGCAGCAGAACCUCACCGCCUUCUCUUUUUAUUCCUCGCAUUCAUGGAAUUCUUGAACUGUCAACCAAAUCUCAUGCUCGGCAAAUGCAACAGCUUUGUUCGGCUCUCUCCAUAUGGAGAUGA